UUUAAUAAUAUGUUCAUAAAAUAGAAAUAUUGUACCUACAUAUUUAAUACACAUACCUAUACUUACUUUACAUUCUAAGUCUUAUUCGACUCAAUGUCACCUAAUGUACAACUAUCUAAUAGAGACAAUUCUAAUAGUUUUUAUUCUGAAUUUGAUCUAAAGAAAAAAAUUGGCGAAGGAUCGUUUUCUGAAGUAUGGUUAUGUGUGCAAAGAAGUAACGGACGAGAAUAUGCAGCAAAAAUGUUGAAGAAAAAUUAUGGAUAUACAGUGGACGCUGAUACUUGGAACGCUGUAGCUGAAGUUAAUGUGUCAAACUCGUUGGAAAAACAUCCGUUCUUACUUAUGCUAAAAAGCGCAUACCAUGAAAAAGAAAACGGAAAAAUUAUAUUAAUUUCAGAAUUGAUGAAAAAAUCAUUAUACGAUAUUAUAGAAAACGGAGAAUGUCCACUAUCAGAAUAUAGAAUUAAAACUUAUAUGUAUCAAAUCUUGGAAGGCUUAAGGUAUUUGCACGAGAAUGGCUUUAUCCAUAGGGAUAUCAAGCCAGAAAAUAUUUUGCUGAGAUCGCAGGACAAGAUAUUGAAGAUUGGUGAUUUUGGAACCACGUGUCAUGCCAUUAAUGACCUUCAGUACCUAGAAUACGUGGCAACUAGAUGGUACCGCUCACCUGAAUGCUUGUUAACACGAGGUUGGUAUAAUUCGAAGAUGGAUAUUUGGGCUACGGGAUGUGUACUUUAUGAAAUAGCUACCGGCUAUCCGUUGUUUGAUGGUCGUGACGAAAGUGACCAAAUUGAAAAGGUUGACCAGGUAUUAGGAUCUCCAGACCAAAGAUUAACUAAAAAAUUUAAAAAACAUAAAUCUGAUGUAUUCAUUGAACGAUACGAAAUGAAUAAACAAAAUGAAAGAACCGCUGGAGUUGGACUGCAUUCAGUGUAUCAACCAUACCGCCCUGCAUAUGAAUUAAUCAAAGAUAUGAUAGUAUAUGAUCCAUCCAAGAGGUUUUCAGCGAAUCGAUUAUUACGAAAGCCAUACUUUUAUGAGAUUAAGAAUACUGAGUAUGAAUAUAAAAUGAGAGAGUUUGAAAAAUUGCUAAGUAAUAAAUCAAUAGUUAACUUAUCAAAAAUAGAUCAAAAAUCAAAAACAACAAUAUCCAGGCAGUAUUCGAUAAUUAAAAAGCAAGGGCCUGAUGGAGAUCAUAUACACAAUUUGGAAACUCAUUCGAUUAAUGCUGAAAUAUUUGAUAGAUUGUCUGCAGACAUAAGUAAAAAAAUUGAUCAACCGCCUAAAUUGGAUAAAAAGAAGUCAAAUUUGCAUAAUAUAUUACGUUCAAAGACCAAUAAAAAAAUAUCUAUAACCAUCCCAGAAUCUGAAAACAUCUGCCAUGGAAUUCAAAGACAAAAUACACAUAAUAUAUGUUCAAAGGACAAUACAAAAGAUAUUUCUCUGUCAAAAAAAAUGUUAACGGAAUCAGUAUCGACUUUAAGCAAAGUUAAAAAUGUUGGAAAUAAAUUUGUCAACCGUCCACCGUUCAAAUGAUAAAAUUACACAAUUUUCUCAAAACAAAAUUUCUUAAACUCAAUUUUAAUAACACUUUAGUUGUUGUAAAUUAUGUUUAAAAAAGAAUAACAACACACGAGAUAUUUGCUGCCGCAACAAUGUUGCGUACCAGUUUCCGUUAAAUAUAAAACUUCAUUGUUAAAUCACUGAACGUGAUUUUAUGCCCUAGUCAAGCAGGGAGCAAAUUAAAUUGAAAUAAAUAUUUUGUAGGGUGUAAAAAGCAAAAAAUAUGUUAUUACGAAAAUAGGUACUGAAAAAACCAUGGUUUUUAACCAAUCUGUUUUUUCUUUCAAUAAUACAUAUUUAUUUGUACAGUUUAGACCAGGCGUGCCCAACCCACAGCCUGGCUCCGGCCCACGGAAUAGUCUAACCGCCCCUUUAAAAUGUUAUUAAAUAAGAAACUUGCAUAGGUAGGUAGUAUUAGUAUAAGUAAAAUAAAAAUUGUGAUUUAAAAAAAAAAAAAUGUUAUUUUAAUGAGAUUUUAAGAAUUAUAAAAUAUC